CAACUGUCACAACAUUGUCAGGAUGAAGGUUUUUGCUGUUCUCCUGCUGGCUGCCAUCGCCAAUACAAGUUUGGCAAUAGAACGGUGCGCCUUAGUGAUAGCACUACAAAACAGCGAUGUUAUUGGUAUUAAGGGUUACACACUUGAAGAUUAUGUGUGCAUGGCUCAUCAUGCCAGUAACUAUAAUCACACCCUGAAUAUAAGUGCUAGUGAGUAUGGCAUCUUCCAGAUUAACAGCUACUGGUGGUGUAAUGAUGGUUGCACCUAUGGACGUAAAAACCUAUGUGGAAUACGUUGUACAGAUUUACUCAACACCGACCUUUCUGAUGAUAUAAGAUGCCUUAAAAGAAUUGUGAAAGAUCCUAAUGGACUUGAUGCUUGGAAAACCUACACAAAAAACUGCAAAGGACAGGAUUUGAGCUUCUACACACAAGGAUGUUAAUUGCACUCAUUUGUAUUGCUCACUGUAUCAAUUUUAUUACAAUUUGUGCAUAGUAUACAACUAAUUUUUCUAGAGAUGUCUCUUGGCGUUAAUAAUAAAUGCAAAAACCCUUAACAAUCAAACCCUAAUGGGGUAAAAUAUAAUCAGCUGCAGAGUGUCAAUUAUGCCUACGUAAGCAUAAAAUUAUAUAAAUCUCCUAUUUCAAAUAGGAGAAACAACUGGAAAAUACUGGAAGUCACUCUGCGUUAUUUUUGUUAAUCAUGCUUUGAAAUAAAGUGAGAUCACAUGAACAAGAAAAAUAUUAUUUAAUAGAUCAAUCGCAUCAAUCAAUGUAUGUACUGAAUGCAAUCACCAUGUAAAACUAAUCAAUUAAAAUAAAAAUAUACAUAUAAAAUUCCUACCACUUUACAUGUACUUGAUUAUAUAGCAUAUAUCUCCUGAUACUACUAACGGCUCUUAUAAGUAAUUUGAAUGGAGGUGAAUCAGUUCAUUCUCUGAACUAUAAAAGUCCUUUAUCAAUACCACCUCACUGAGAUAGCCGCGGUGUGUAAAUAAGGAAUAAAUAAAUGUCCUCAUUCUCUGAAAUAAUUAAGACUAUAGUGACAAUAGUCCUGAUGAAAUUCAUUAGCAAGUGCAGAAUAAAGGUGCUUGACAUAGUGAUCACGACUAAGUCAAUAAUGUAAUAGUCCCAAGCAACCAAUAUAAACUGUUGUGCAAAUUGUUCUAAAAAAUAGGGGUAAUUCCAAGUUGAACGCAGCAGGAAUUCUGUUAGCAAUUGGGCAAAACCAUGUGCAAUGCAGGGGAGGCAGAUAUAACAUGUGCAGAGAGAGUUAGAUUUGGGUGUGGUGUGUUCAAUCUGCAAUCUAAUUUGCAGUGUAAAAAUAAAGCAGCCAGUAUUUACCCUGCACAGAAAUAAAAUAACCCACCCAAAUCUAACUCUCUCUGCAAAUGUUAUAUCUGCCUCCCCUGCAGUGCACAUGGUUUUGCUCAACUGCUUAAACAUUUCCUGCUGCGAUCAACUUGGAAUUACCCCCAAUGUACAGACAGACUGCCUAUAAGUUGUAACAAGCUCACCAUCCAUGUUAAUUCGUGCGGUGAGUCCAGCUGAACGCGUGCUGUAUUGGAUCGGCCAGGUGCGGCUAGGAUGCUCCGGACAUCUCUGUCCUCCAAGAUGUGAGUGCCGCUGCAACUUCCAAUUGCCUCUAUACAAGAAGGCUGGCAUCCGGCAUUGCACGGUGUCUAUGCAGAGAUGUCCACAAUCAGCGGUAGCACUGUCACCAAAUGUCCCUUCUCCGCUAACACGUUUCACUCAUUCCUGGAGCUUUUUCAAAGAGUAUUUUAUCGGUGACCGUUAACUCCCUUUAUACCUGCUAAGUACUUCACAUUGGUCCUCAUAAUUUGCACACCUGUUCUGUCAAUUUGUCACUCCACCUCUUUCUAUAUAAAAAAUCCACCUCUAUUCUUUUUAAAUAUACUCUAUUUCUAGUAUGUAUAUUUUAAUAAACAAUUCUCAUACAGUAUCAUAUUGUUAUAACUGGUAAUCGACAAGUGGAAUACAAUUUCAAUAUUGUGUGUAUAUACCAAAAGAAAACCUUAUCCAUAUUAAACAUAAAAUAUAUAAAACAUACACAUAUGAUUUCACGAUAUGGACUGGACCCGGAUUCAAACUCACAACCUUACUUUUUAUUUUUAAUAUGUUUUUGUAUCUUAACAGUUUCCUUCUAUCCCCAUUUAGAACUCUCUCAUAAGCAGAUCUGAAAAUAGGAACAGGAUAUCCCCUACAGGCAAAGUCCUCAUACAUCCUCUCUGCCUGUGGUAUAAAUAGUUCCAUUUUUGAACAAUUGCGGCGAAGUCUAUUAAACUGACUAUAUGUCACAUUUUUCAGCCAUGGUUUGUAGUGACAACUGGUAUAAUGCAGGAAACUAUUUGUAUCCACUUGUUUCCUAUAAUUGUCAGUAACAAGAUGUUUACCCUCAGAGGAGAUGGUUAAAUCAAAAAAUUUACAGAACUAUUACUAAAAUUGUGAGUGAAUUUCAAAUUAUGUGUUGUGAUUUUAAAAAGUGACAAACUGAAGUGCACUGUGUUCAUCCCCAUUCCAAAUAAUAAAUAAAUCAUCUAUAUAGCGGCCAUAGUACACUAGGCUCAUGCCAUAUGGUCCCUGCCAAAUGAAUUGAUCUUCAAAUGCACCCAUAUAUAAGUUCGCAAAACUAAGCGCGAACCUAGUCCCAUGGCCAUCCCCAACACCUGCAAAAAGAACAUAUCCUCAAAAGUGAAAUAAUGAUGUGUUAAUAUAAACAUAAUUGAUUCCAAUAUGUGUGAUCUGUCAUUUCAACUUAAUUUGCCAACUUGUUAAUUGUGAGGGGUAUAAUCAUUAACCAACAUAGGCAUGGGCAGACAAAAAUAAGUGGGUGCUGCUCUGGACUUUUCCUCACCGUGGCAUUAUGGUCUACUUUCCACUCCCCUGUCCAGGACAUAGACUGCUUACCUGGGUGGCCCAGAUGAGCAGUCUUAUGUCCCAGAGGAAGGGGUGGAGGAGGCAGUCAGUUACCUGGAAGAGGGGGGAAGUGCAGAGCGGUACCCCUGUGUCGGUGUCUGUGCACGCCUAUGUUAACUAAUAGCCUUUUAUAGGUGCAACAUUUACUGUUUUUACCUCAAACAAGUGUAAAUAAUCACAUACAGUACACACUGAUUGAUAUGUUAGUAAUUAAGUUGUAGUAACAGUGAUUUUGAUGUGCCUGGAUAACAAUAAAACUCAAUAUAACUAAUAA